AUGGCCUCUCCUGAGACGUUUGAUGUUAUCAUAGUUGGCGCAGGUCCAUCUGGGUUGAUGGCCGCCACUUGGAUGGCUCAGACUGGAAUCAAAACCUUGGUUAUUGAGAGAAAACUGUCACACACCAAGGCAGGACAUGCCGAUGGGUUAGAAAGUAGGACACUUGAGAUAUUGGACAGUUUUGGAAUUGGUGCAGCCAUUUGGACAGAGGCAAAUAGGACUAUUGAAGUUUGUCUUUGGGACCAAUUCGACGGCAGAAUCCGCAGGAAUAAUGUCUCGAUCAAUCACAGUAAUGGAUUGUCCAGAUAUCAAGAGGUUACAUUGGGACAGGGGAGGGUGGAACAGCACUUUCUGGGGCUUUUACAACGUCAUCAAAACAUUGAGAUUAAGUGGGGCAUGGCUCCAUUCUCACUGAAUGUCGACUCAGCAAGCCCGGAUGAUAUGAGUGCCUACCCUGUCCAAGUCGAUCUCAAAACAUGUGAUGGGCCAAUCUUAACCCAGGUGCGAGCAAAAUACUUGAUCGGGUGCGACGGUGCUCAUAGCUGGGUUCGAAAAAAUCUAGGAUUGACGCUUGAAGGAGAGACCGAUUCAGAUGAGGAUUGCUGGGGGGUCAUCGACUGCUUACCUAUCACAGACUUUCCCGAUGUCCGGAAGCGAUGCAUCAUCAAGUCCCUUCGAGGGAAUAUCAUGAUAAUACCUCGGGAGCGAAUGAUAGUUCGAUUUUACAUUCAGCUCCCCACAGCAGUUGCUACGAAGUUGAAAGAGAACCAUAACCAAUCGCUGCUGGUUGGUAUUCUGACAGAGAUACUUCACCCAUACACUUUUGCCUCGACCCAAAUUGAAUGGUCAACUGUUUACCGUGGGCUCAUACUUCCGAUUCAGGUCGGAAGACGAAUUUGUCGUACUUUCUCAAUGCAUGAUAGAAUCUUUCUCGCAGGCGAUUCCCUCCAUACUCAUUCUCCAAAGGCUGGCCAAGGCAUGAAUGUCAGCAUACAGGAUUCGUACAAUCUUGGGUGGAAGCUAGCUCUUGUUUUGAAAGGCAAGGCAAUCCCACGGAUCCUGCAGACAUACCAAGAAGAGCGUCUGCCAGUGGCAGAGAGACUAAUUUCCUUUGACCGGCGAAUGUGUCAGGGGGUAUGCUCAUUGCCUGAGACAACUACGCUAAUUACCCCCAAAUUCAACGAUCUGGUUUCUACCCUUGCCGAAGAGAAUUCCUCGGAAUCUGGGCUGGGGGUUACCUAUGCACCCGGCCUUCUAGUGACCUCUGCAGGAGUUCAGGCAACUCAUAAAACACUCUGCCUAGAGAACACCUCGCUUCCUCAUAGCAAACCCUAUCUUGCUCAACACGUCAACCUUGGGCGCAGGCUACCAAGUGAAAUUGUGAUAUGUCAAAGUGACUCUCGUCCCUGGCAUCUGCAAGAGCAACUCCUCAGCACAGGCCAAUGGCACCUCGUCGUAUUUGGGGGCGAUAUUGCGAGCAAAGCUCAGAUGACCCGUUUGAAGCAUUUAUCCAAGAAACUCUCCCAACCAUGGUCAUUAAUAAGCCGUCUAAAUCGGUGGACACAAGAGAGUUUGGUUGGAACUAUCGGGAUUUAUCUUGUACACACCGCAUUCAAAACGUUUGAAUGGAUGGACACCCCGGCCAUCUUCAGACCAUUUGACCCAGCGAAAGGCUAUGACUACACAAAAGUCUUUGUGGAUCGUCAGGGUGACCGGCAAAUUUCUGGUAAUGCUUACCAGAGAUAUGGUAUUGGCCCUCAGGGCUGUAUGAUACUCCUACGCCCGGACCAGCAUGUCGCUUUCAUUGGAGAUCUAGAAGAUACGGAUCAACUGGAUGCUUUUUUCCACGAAUUCUCGGGGCCCAAAGUAUAG